AUGUCCCGUCCCUUUCCGCAGAUCUCCCAAAAAACCGCUCACCUCUUCUGUUCUUCUUUUCACCUCGCUGAGGACGCGUAUCCCAAAGACGGCAAGUACCUCACUGGCAUCGCCACCGUGUCCUGUGCACUGGUGGAGCUCCCCGAGCGGAAUCUGCCCAAGUCUGGCAGCAUCCACGCCGUGGGCUCCGUGAAGAGGAAGCGAAGUCCAACGUCAACACAAGAGACCCCAACCAGGUCACCCCGCGCUGGUGGUCCGGGUUGUGACCGAAAACCUCGGUUGCAGGCUUGGGCCUUUUCACGGAUGCUAAGCAAAGAGGAGUUGAUGGCCUUGCAUUUGGGCACCAGGACCCGUUAUCAUCGAGACUAUCAAAUUCCUGUGCAGAGCACCGAGAUCGUCAAUCCCGGCGUCGAAGUCGUGGUGUCAGGGUUCAUGCAGUGUGAGUUCCCCGGGUGCAGUGCCUCGGUGACCUUGACCGGUUUGCCGACCAACGGCGACGCGCGGUGCUUCUUCACCUACGGCGUGGCCAUUACCGACUUCAGUGGCCCCGAGGAGGUCGUCGAAUACAUCAGGAUCGAUGAGCAUACAGUGGUGGAGCGAUGUUGGCCUCAAGCCGAUGGCAAUCCAGACACCUUGCCACUUGGUGAAGUCAAUAGACACCUUGCCCGAUGGCAGUGUCUCCGUGUCUCCUUCGUUUGA